AUGGCUCAGACUAUAGAGGACACUUUGGAAAUGAGCGGACAACCACCAAGGUUCUCCAAAGUGGCUUCUACUGGUUCACCCUCUUCAAGGAUUCUAGAGAAUUUAUCGGUAACUGUGACAGUUACCAGAGAGAUGCUCAAUGCAGAGAAGAGCCCUUUUCAGCGGACUUAUGCGACUCAGGCUGCAACUAAAGUUCUUGCUCGACAGUUGGUAAGGCUUACGCAGCAGAUUGCUAACCUUCAAGGUAGUCGAGCUCAGAUGAGAGGCAUAGCAACUCACACACAGUUUGUGGAACUGGUUAAGUCUAUGGAUUCUGUUUGCUGCUUGCUUGAACCUGGGAAACAGCUAUUUAUUGCUGCUGUUUAA